UAUCUGUUAGUGUAGUGUUGCUGCUGUGUAUGUUGGAGGAUGUCUGACAACGCAGAAUCUCCCACAGAAAAUCAAAAAGAUGAACCUUCAAUACAACACACUGUCUCUGAACAUGCUGGAUCUUCGGAUGAGAAGAAAAAGAUUGAUGUACUGUUGAAAGCGGUUGGUGAUGCGCCCAUCAUGAAGACAAAAAAAUGGGCAGUGGAGAGGGGCAGGACAGUACAGUCACUCACGCAGUUCAUCUCACGCUUCCUCAAACUGGAGCCUAGCGAACAGCUGUUCAUUUAUGUCAAUCAGUCAUUUUCUCCAUCACCAGACCAAGAAGUGGGUGUACUUUUUGAGUGUUUUGGAAGUGAUGGGAAACUAGUUCUCCAUUACUGCAAGUCCCAGGCCUGGGGAUGACCGUGCAGCCUGUGCAUGUCUCUCAAUUGCUCUCUCGUUCCACCUCCCCCCCCCCAUUUAUACACCUGCACACAUACAGAAAUACUUGCCUUUUCACAUCAUCAUAGUUUUUUAACUUGUUGAUCAUUUUCAUUUCUCUUUUUUCUUUCUUUUUUUGUUUUGUUUUUUGUUGUUGUUGUUGUAAAUAAUAAAGUGUAAAUACUAUUGUAAAACCUUGUGUCAUCUAAUUGGAAAGAGGAGUUGAGUUGGGUGAGGUGAUGGGUGGAAAUAAUACGAUCACCAAAUACCUUUAGCAACAAAUUUAGAUGGAUGUUUGUAAUACUUAAGCUCAUGUAGAAAUGAUUUACAGGGAAAGGGGCAAUAUGUGAUACACAGUGAUUACUUUUUACAGUGGGGGCGGGUAGAGUGCCAGGACCGAACAGGGCACAUGUAAGAGGUGGAGAUAGGGUGUGAAGAGCAUGUUAGAAAGGGUGGGAUGGAAGCAUUUAAAAGAAGAAAAGAUACAAAGAUGGAGACAGGACUGACAGAUGGACUGAAGAGGGAUUAUGGAUGUUGGGGUUAGACUGUGACACCAAUUUCCAAGAAAAGGCAGGAAAAAUAGAAGAUUGGUGAAGGACUGUACCAAAAAAGGGGGAAACCUUAAAAAAAGAGCAAAAGGAUAAGAAGAGAAACUGCAUGCUCAACCAAAGGGGCAAGGACCUUGUCUUUUGACAACUGCACUGAAGUUAUAAAAAGGAAUAAAUGAAUUGAUUGAAUUAGGAAGAAAUUGAUGGUGAGCAUGAUGUAAGGAGAAGUGCUCAGGUAAAUUUAAACUUUUUAAAUGCAGAAUAAUUUUUUGAAUUUCUUAACAGGUAUACUUUAUGUAUAUGUAAAAUAUAUAUUUAAUUAGGUGCUGAGCUUUUGUAAAAACUCGAUGCAGUUUGAAUUAAUGUAAAGAAUAAACAUAUUACCCUCACAUCAUGAUGCAUUUUAUAGGGAAGCACAUCUGGUACCACUUUUUUCUCAACUAAAUGUAAGGUUUGAGAAAUAUUUCUGAUUAGCAGAUGUACUGUGUCUUCUACAUCUCUUUUAUAUUUCUUAAGAGAAAUAUAUAUUUCUGUACUCAAAUAGCAAGCUAAGAAGUAUAUCAACUGAUCAAAUUGAGUGUACAAUGUGUUUACUUUCCUGUGUGAUAAUUGAUAGA